UUGAAAAUUGCGCUCCUCACAUUUCUCCCUUUUCACUAAGGUUCUCUUCAUUUUUGCUUUCACAUUUUCCUCUGAAUCAACAAAAUUUCCUUUGUUCAAAUGGGUGCUAAUCACAGCCGUGAAGAUCUGGAGCUUUCUGAUUCCGAGUCUGAAUCCGAAUACGGGUCGGAGUCUCGAACAAGGGAGGAAGAGGAAGACGAAGAUAACUACUCAGAUGCUAAAACGACGCCAUCUUCCAUUGACCGGAAACAGAGCAAAACCCCAUCUUCAUUGGACGAUGUUGAAGCUAAGCUGAAAGCUUUAAAGCUCAAGUAUGGUACUCCACAUGCUAAAACCCCCACAGCGAAAAACGCUGUUAAACUUUACCUUCAUGUUGGUGGGAACACUGCGAAUUCCAAAUGGGUCGUUUCUGAUAAAGUGGCGGCUUAUUCGUUUGUUAAAUCGGGUAGUGGGGAUGGGUCGGAUGAUGAUGAAAAUGAAGAAACUGAGGAGAAUACUUGGUGGGUUUUGAAAAUUGGGUCGAAGGUUCGGGCUAAGAUUGAUGAGAAUUUGCAGCUGAAGGCGUUUAAGGAGCAGAAACGGGUGGAUUUUGUGGCGAAUGGGGUUUGGGCUGUGAGAUUCUUUGGGGAGGAAGAGUAUAAGGCGUUCAUUGACUUAUAUCAGAGCUGUUUGUUUGAGAAUACUUAUGGGUUUGAGGCAAAUGAUGAGAAUAGAGUUAAGGUGUAUGGUAAGGACUUUAUGGGGUGGGCGAAUCCAGAAGCUGCGGAUGAUUCGAUGUGGGAGGAUGCUGGGGAUAGCUUUGCGAAGAGCCCUGCGUCUGAGAAGAAGACACCUUUGAGGGUUAACCAUGAUUUGAGGGAGGAGUUUGAAGAGGCAGCUAAAGGAGGAGCUAUUCAGAGCUUGGCAUUAGGUGCAUUGGAUAAUAGUUUUCUUAUAAGUGAUUCUGGAAUUCAGGUUGUGAGGAACUAUACUCAUGGGAUAAGUGGAAAAGGUGUUUGUGUCAAUUUUGAUAAGGAAAGGUCUGCUGUACCUAAUUCCACUCCAAGGAAAGCUCUACUUUUAAGAGCUGAGACUAAUAUGCUUCUUAUGAGUCCAGUGACUGAUAGGAAGCCUCACUCUCGGGGAUUACAUCAGUUUGAUAUAGAGACUGGGAAGGUUGUUAGUGAGUGGAAGUUUGAGAAAGAUGGAACUGAUAUCACGAUGAGGGAUAUCACUAAUGAUAGCAAAGGAGCUCAGAUGGAUCCCUCGGGGUCUACUUUCUUAGGGCUAGAUGAUAACAGAUUGUGUAGGUGGGAUAUGCGUGAUCGGCAUGGGAUGGUUCAGAAUCUAGUCGAUGAAAGUACUCCUGUGCUGAAUUGGACUCAAGGACAUCAAUUUUCGAGGGGAACUAACUUUCAGUGUUUUGCUACUACUGGUGAUGGAUCAAUUGUUGUUGGUUCACUAGAUGGCAAGAUUAGAUUGUACUCAAGCAGUUCCAUGAGACAGGCUAAAACUGCUUUUCCAGGCCUUGGUUCUCCUAUCACUCAUGUGGAUGUUACCUAUGAUGGGAAGUGGAUAUUGGGGACAACUGAUAGUUACUUGAUAUUGAUAUGCACCUUGUUUAUCGACAAGAAUGGAACUGCUAAGACUGGUUUUGCUGGUCGCAUGGGGAAUAAGAUUUCCGCUCCAAGAUUGUUAAAGCUAAACCCUCUCGAUUCACAUAUGGCUGGAGCUAACAAGUUCCGUAGUGCUCAAUUUUCAUGGGUCACUGAGAACGGGAAGCAGGAGCGCCACCUUGUUGCUACUGUUGGGAAGUUUAGUGUGAUAUGGAAUUUUCAACAGGUGAAGGAUGGUUCUCAUGAGUGUUACCAGAAUCAGGUGGGGUUGAAGAGCUGCUAUUGUUACAAGAUAGUUCUAAGAGACGACUCUAUUGUAGAAAGUCGUUUCAUGCAUGACAAGUAUGCUGUUUCUGACUCACCUGAAGCACCACUGGUGGUAGCAACCCCCAUGAAAGUCAGCUCAUUCAGCAUCUCUAGCAGGCGCUUACAAAUUUGAACAAUCAUUAUGUUCAUAUAUAUGCAACUUAUUAGGUUUAUCUGUAGCAGAAUUAGUGUCUCUCACACUAAGUAGCUUGAAAAACUGCACAUCUGCGAACCAUUUUAGUUCAAUGUAUUACUACUUUAGUUUAAAGACCUUUAAGGCAGUCUUCCAAAUUCUAGGUAUCCUCACCUGACAUUAUUGUUGUUGUAAUAACUAAUUACUGCUUGCUUUAGAUAACCGUUCAAUGAUUCCAGGUGAUAUGCAUUUUCCAAUAUUUCUGUUUUUCUUGGACACAUCCCUAUUGAUAUGAAGUAGUUGACCUA